AUGUAUCAUUGCGGGAUAUCCCGCCACGACGUGGCACUGGAACUAAGGGCUUCCGGGGGGCAACCCUACAGCCCACAGAAGCUAGCUGACUACUCCCCCCCGGCCAGCACCGCCCGCCGACGAGCUUCGAGACCCGCGAUUGUCAUCCAAACCUUCCGUCAUCCACGACUACUCAAACCAAAGUCACAAACCCCACUAGCCACCAUGCCUCAGGAAAUCUCCGACAUCAAGCAGUUCAUCGAGGUCUGCCGCCGCAAGGAUGCGUCCUCUGCUCGCAUCAAGCGCAACCCCAAGGACCAGCAGAUCAAGUUCAAGGUCCGCUGCUCCCGCUUCGUCUACACCCUUGUCCUGAAGGACUCCGACAAGGCCGACAAGCUCAAGCAGAGCCUGCCCCCUGCUCUCAAGGUUGUCGACGUCUCCAAGGGAGACAAGAAGAAGGCUCUGUAA